AGCUGCCGCUGUGACACGCGCUGCCUCCCGGCUUCUCCCGGCCCCAGCCCCGCUCCCACCCCCGGCGGGCGGCGGCGCCUCGCUCCCCAGAUGGCAGCCGGCAGCGCCGUGCAGCCGCCGCCGCCUGCUCCCGGUGCCGCCGCCGCUGCCGGGCUCUGAUCCGGGCCAUGCUGCUGCUGCCGGCGCUGCUGCUGCUGCUGGCCGCGGCGCCGCCGCCCUGCCGGGGCUGGGAGCAGCGGGACCUCUACCUGCCGCCCGGCAACUCCUCCUCGCGCGCGCUGCCCGGCCUCGCCCUGGGGCUGGAGAAGGAGGCGGAGGGCGGCGGCGGCGGCCCCAGCGCCCAGCCUUUCCCGUCCGCGGCCCCCCGCGGGCGGCCGGAGCCGGGGCCGGGGCCGGAGCCCGCCGGGGCUCAGCAGCAGCAGGUGUCGGAGCCGCACUGCAACAUCAGCGUGCAGCGCCAGAUGCUGAGCUCGCUGCUGGUGCGCUGGAGCCGCCCGCUGGGCAUCCAGUGCGACCUGCUGCUCUUCUCCACCAACAGCCACGGCCGCGCCUUCUUCUCGGCCGCCUUCCACCGCGUGGGGCCGCCGCUGCUCAUCGAGCACCUGGGGCUGGCGGCGGGCGGCGCCCCGCAGGACUUGCGUCUCUGCGUGGGCUGCAGCUGGGUGCGGGGCCGGCGCAUCGGGCGGCUCCGCGGGGCCGCCGCGCCCUCCUCCUCCUCCUCGCUGUCCUACCCGGAGCCGGGCCAGCUCUGGCUGCAGGGGGAGCCGCUCAAUUUCUGCUGCCUGGAUUUCAGCCUGGAGGAGCUGAAGGGCGAGCCGGGCUGGCGCCUCAACCGCAAGCCCAUCGAGUCCACGCUGGUGGCUUGCUUCAUGACUCUGGUCAUCAUCGUGUGGAGCGUGGCCGCCCUCAUCUGGCCCGUGCCCAUCAUCGCCGGCUUCCUGCCCAACGGCAUGGAGCAGAGGAGGAGCACCAGCGCCUCGGCCACAGCUGGCGCCGCUGCCAAGUAGCCCCCCCGCAACAGCUGGCGCCGCUGCCGAGGAGCCCGCCCUGUCCCGGGACAACCGUGGCUGGGGAAAGCCACCUCUUGUCCCUCCCUCCCCGGCGUGUGUGCUGCGAGCUGGCCCGAGGCUGGACUGGACUGGACUGGACUGGAUUGGCUGCCUUUUUUACUCCCCACUUCCCCUUUGGUGUUUUGUUUUUCCCGCCUUUUUUUUGCAGAGCACGCGGAGGCCUUGCCCGAGGGGCGCUGGGCGCAACAGAGCUGAGGCAGGAGCCCCUUCUGGGCAGAGGAUGUAGAGCUAGAUGAGCCCCCCUCCCUUCAUGUGCUGUGAUUCAUAGCGGGAAAAUGACCAACUCCUGUGUAUUUCAGUGUUUUCUAGAGCUCAACAACUGUUUUAAAUUAACCUUUUAGUAAAAAAAAAAACCAAAAAAAAAGAUCCCCAAGGCAACCCCCUUGCCCCUGUUGAAUCGCAGCUGUUGUAGUAAGAGUAGCUCUUUGUACCUGAAUCCACUUUGUUCUCCUUUUUUUCUGCCCCCCAACGGGAAUCUUUAUUAUUAGCCUCCACUCCUCCAAAAAUUCCUGCCCAGGCACAUGCAUCGAAGGUCUGGGUGGCCCUCAUGCAUACACCACGAUCCAGGAGGAUCGAUGGUUGCCACAUUAUUAUGAUUAUUAUUAUUAUUCUGGCAGGGUUUGAACCCACUUUACUAUCUAUUGUUAUUGCUAACACUGAACUUUAAAUGACCUUUUACACUGUAUUUGAGAGACUGUGUUUGUUACUGUAGUUCUGCAUUCCUUGGCUUUUAAUACAGGGAUUUGUUUUCCCUCUCGCCCCUGCCUUUCUGCCAAAUCCAGUCUUUAACUUUGCAUCGGUUUAAACUUAAAAGAAGCAGUGCUCCCUUUGGACAGGUGGCUUUGUGGUUUCCGCUGCUGCGCAGAGCUUCUGCAAAGGGCAAUAGUGAUAACUUGAUCUUGCUCUUUAGAGGAGAGCAGAUGACCCACAUGUGUCAUAUCAGUGGACUAGGGGGAAAAAGUAGAGUAUCAGAGUCCCAACAACCUGCUCAGGUGACUUGGUGGUGGGGAAGGGGGAGAAAUAGCCAGUUAAUGCCUUUUCUUCCCUUCCAGCAGCUCUAGGGGGAUGAAGAGGAAGUGCAGUAGACAGUUACUCCUCAAAAAAUAAUAUUAAAAUUGAGGGCCCCUUGACCAGUGUUCAGGGGCAGUAUCAUUAUCGGAAUCUAAUGGGAAAAGAGGAUGUUUUGAGAUAGAAGAAUUAGCUUUUCAUGUGGGGAUGCUCCUGAACUAUAGAAUCUCCGUCUUUCAUGUUGGUCUUUGGCUACUAUAUAUCUGGUGGCAUUUCCGAAACCUAUGGGUGAGGGGUCAUGACUGGAUGGGUAGGUGGGCAGUGGCAUGGUAGUUUUUGGGGGGAGGCAUUUCUGCUGGAGUGGAAUUGAAGGAUUCAGCAAAGCUUCCUAGUCUCCAAAUUGGUCAGGCUGGGCUGUCACUAGAAAUGCCCUUAUGCUGUAGGUGUUAUUAGGACAGUUGCCCAUUUUUGGCAAGGAGGUAAGGGAAAGAUAUUACAAAGCUAGGAUUAGAUCCUGUCUGACCUCUGUGCAAAUAGCAGAGAGAGAGAGAGAAAAAUUUAAGAGAAUAACUUUCUUGUUCUCCCCUGCAUAAAAUUCAACCACGACGACAGUCUCAAAUGUCCUGUGCCCCAAAAGCUACAUACAAGCUAAAGAAAAGUUUUAUUUGAACCCUUUAGCCCUACAAGGGGCCAUAUCCUACUCAUUUUGUAUUAUAGGGAUAGUCCAGCUGAAGUCAGAGACCAACCAUGUGAAUAAAGUAAGCAAGAUUUGUGUUAGGAUUUUUCUCUAGUUUUCCCCCCACACUCAGAUGACAGCAUAUUAUUUGGUUUGUUGGAAGCUGGGACACAUGAGCUCAAGCUAGUGGCUAAUUUUGUACAUGAACAUUUACCUAUUUUCCCCCCAAUACUGUUUUGGGUAAUUAAUAUUGUUAGUAUUGGUUUGAAAUAUUAGAGGGUUUAAACCUUUUAGAAUUGGGAGGAGUAUUUUGUGUAAGGGGGUAUAAAGUAUUUUGCUCCUUUCAUUGAAAAGCAAAAAGAAAAGGAUUUGCUUACAUUUUACCUACAAUUUCCUGCAUAAAAAAGGGAUGAAACUUGUUAGAAUUGGGUGGAAGGUGGGUAGAGGGUUGUAAGUCAAUUAUUUUAUCAAUAUUAGAAAAAAAAAUAUUAACAAAGAUGUGCAAUAUUUUUUAGCACAUGAAAAUAUUGAGAGAGAGUGCAGAUGCAGUGCAGUAACUGCACAUCUGGAUGUAUUACAAAAAUAAAUUAUGUAGGUAUUUUUAAAA